GUAUGAAUGGAGGUACAUGUCGACCUGUAAAUGGCAAUGGUGGAUAUCAAUGCAUGUGUCCACCUGGUUACAGUGGUCAACGUUGUGAAAAUAGAGAUCCAUGUGCUCAAAAUCCAUGUUUAAAUGGUGGUCAAUGUGUUGCAAAUAAUUUAGGAGGUUUUACUUGUGUAUGUGUUCCACCCUAUACCGGACAACGUUGUGAGGAUUCAAAUCCAUGCGCUAGUAAUCCAUGUGGUAAUAAUGGUCAAUGUAUACAAAGUAACGGUGGAUUUUAUUGUGAAUGUAAUCUUGGCUUUUUUGGUAAUCGAUGUGAACGUCGUGUUUGUGAACCAAAUCCUUGUACGAACGGAGGUACAUGUGAACCUCGUCCUAAUGGUGUUUUUCAUUGUAUUUGUCCACCGGAAUAUCAAGGUCAACGUUGUGAAUUUCGUAAAGUUUGUGAACCGAAUCCAUGUUUGAAUGGUGGAACUUGUAGUCCAUAUGGUCUUGAUACCUAUUCUUGUAAUUGUCCAUUUGGUUAUACCGGUCGAAAUUGUGAUCCAUGUAUUCCAAAUCCCUGUACGAACGGGGGUCGUUGUCGACCAAAUGCUGCUGCUGGUACUUAUGUAUGUGAUUGUCCUGUAAAUUUUGUUGGUACUAAUUGUGAAAUAAGAAAUGCUUGUGCAAGUAGUCCAUGUCAAAAUGCUGGCACAUGUCGUACCGUUAAUGGAAAUGCUUAUCAAUGUAUUUGUGUUACGGGAACGACAGGCAUCAAUUGUGAAAUUCGUGAUCCAUGUGCAGUAAAUGCUUGUCUCAAUGGUGGUCAAUGCAUGCCAAAUGGUCUCGGCGGAUUUACAUGUACAUGUCCAAAUCCAUAUACUGGCCAACGUUGUGAAGAUCGUAUCGAUCCUUGUGCUAGUCAACCAUGUCGUAAUGGGGGUACUUGUCAACCUGGAAAUGGUAACUCAUAUCAAUGUAUUUGUCCACCGGGUUAUUCAGGUUUUGAUUGUUCAACACGUAAGCUUUUCUGUUUAAUUAGAUAG